AUGUCUGCCGUGCUCAGGACUUGUGCGCGACCCGUGUCGGCGGCGGCAGCUCGACGGACGAAGCCGAACGGCACAUGCAUCCCUCCUCGCCGCUACUCCUCUGCGACGCCUGCGACGGCGACGGCACCUCUACCCCUCGAUGGCUACCGCGUCCUCGACAUGACCCGCGUCCUCGCCGGUGUAGCCAUACUGCACGCAGAUUCUUGGAGACUUGGGGUCAGUACCUUGCCGUCCGUCCACGUUCCCUUUUACCUACCCUUCCCCCUCCGCUCCCACUUCCACUUCCAUGUCCGAAUCGAAUUCCAGCAACCUCAAUUCGGUUACCGGCCACUGGCUGACGUAGGCCACACGCCUUUCUGCAGUGCCGAGGUCAUCAAGAUCGAGCACCCCGUACGUGGAGAUGAUACCCGCGCUUGGGGUCCUCCCUACGCCGCCUACAAACCCGAGUCCGGCGUCGAGGGCCCUGGCGAGGCAGCCUACUUUCUCGGGGCAAACCGCAACAAGAAGUCGGUCGGGCUCUCCUUUCAGCACAAGGGCGGCGUCGACAUCCUCCACAAGCUCGUCGCCAAGUGCGACAUCCUCGUCGAGAAUUACCUUCCCGGCACGCUGAAAAAGUACGGCAUGGACUACGACACCCUCCGGCGCAUCAACCCGGCCCUCAUAUACGCCUCCAUCACCGGCUACGGCCAGACCGGCCCCUACUCCAACCGAGCCGGGUACGACGUCAUGGUCGAGGCCGAGUUCGGUCUCAUGCACAUCACCGGCUCGCGGGAUGGCCCUCCCGUCAAGGUCGGCGUCGCCGUGACGGAUCUCACGGCGGGCCUCUACACGAGCAACAGCAUCAUGGCCGCGUUGCUCGGACGGUCCCGAACGGGCAAGGGCCAGCACAUUGACGUCGCGCUGAGCGACUGCCAAACGGCCACGUUGGCCAACAUUGCCAGCAGCUGCCUCGUAAGCGGCGAGCGGGACACUGGUCGCUGGGGGACGGCCCAUCCCUCGAUCGUGCCCUACCGCUCGUUCAAGACCAAGGAUGGCGACAUUCUCUUCGGCGGCGGCAACGAUCGCCUCUUCGGCGUCCUGUGCGACGGCCUCGGCCGGCCGGCCUGGAAGGACGAGGCCAAGUUCAAGACGAAUCCCGACAGGGUGGCCAACCGCGUCGAGCUCGAGGCGGAGAUCGAGGCCAUCUCGCGGACGAAAAAGACGCAGGAAUGGCUCGACAUAUUCGAGGGGACGGGCAUGCCCUACGCUGCCGUCAACGACGUCCGCGACACGCUCGACCACGCCCACACAAAGGCUCGCAACAUGGUCAUCGAGAUGGAGCACGAGGCCUGCGGGCCCAUCAAGAUGGUAAACACGCCCGUAAAGUUCUCGGAAAGCCAGCCCGCCGUCCGGUCGGCGCCUCCGCUGCUCGGGCAACACACGGUCGAGGUAUUGGGCGAGCAUCUAGGAUUGAGCGAGUCGGAAAUCGUUGGCCUCAAGGAACAGGGUAUCGUCUCCUAG